AUGGACAGGGUGGUAACGGCAAAUGAGAUUAUCGAUGAUGCACGGAAAAGAAGGAGGAGAUGUGCAAUUUUCAAAGUUGAUUUUCGUAAAGCCUACGACUCAGUUUGUUGGGAAUAUCUUCUUGGCAAUAUGGCAAGGAUGAGCUUUUGUCAAAAGUGGUGUAUAUGGGUGGAGAUGUGUUUAAAAUCAGCCUUGGUAUCUGUUUUAGUGAAUGGUAGUCCAACUAAACAAUUUCAAAUGGAGAAGGGUAUACGCCAGGAAGACCUGAUGUCUCCAUUUUUGUUUCUGAUUGUAGCGGAAGGUUUAAGUUUGCUUAUCGAUAAAGUUGUCCAAGAGGGAGCUUAUGUAGGAUUCUCAGUUGGUGAUGGUGGUAUUUAUGUACUGAUGCUUCAAUUUGCAGAUGACACAAUGUUUUUCUUUGAGGAUUCGGAGGAAAACAUUACCACAUUAAAGUGUGUAUUGAGGAUGUUUGAAUUGGCUUUGGGACUCCAAAUCAAUUUUGAUAAAAAGAUUUACAAAAGAAGUUGGGAUAGUAGGAGCAUAGAAACUUGUCUUUUGGAGGUAGACUGUAUACAAGAUUCCAAUGAAGGAAGGUGGUGUGGGUUGCAUGGGAAAAAAGUGUGCCAAGCUAAAGAGGUAGGUGAACUUGGUAUUAAGAAUUUAGGUGCGAUGAACAGGGCAUUGUUAGGCAAAUGGAGAUGGCGGUUAUUGAAUGAAGAAGGGGAGUUGUGGUAUAAGGUUCUUAAGGCCAAAUACUAUGUUGGUGGUAGUGAGGUGUGGAGAAAGGGUAGGCACGUGUCAGAGUGGUGGAGAGAAAUUUGGAGGGUUGAUGAAGGGGGGAGAAGUCAUAAUGGGUGGUUAGGCAAAUUAUUUCGUAUAAGGACGGGUAAUGGAGGUAAAACCACAUUUUGGCAUGAUGUUUGGAGUGGAGACCAACCUUUGAAACAGGUGUAUCUGAGACUAUUUCGUUUAUCCCUUCAGCAGGGUGAUCUUAUUAAUACAAUGGGGGCUUGCAAUGAGAUUGGAUAUUGGUCUUGGAAUUGGUAUUGGAGUCGUCCCAUGAUUGAUAGGGAGGAAAGGAUGAGAUUGGAGAUGGUGGAGAGUUUUUCUAACUUUUCUUUAUUGCAGAAUGUUAAGAUAACUGGCGGUGGCAUGGUGACACAUCAGGGGAAUAUACAGUCUCGAAAGCGUACUCCUUGA